UCGCUCUCUCCUCCUCCUCCUCCUCCUCCUCCUCCUCCUCCUCCAAGAACAAAACCACCCCCAUCCUUCCACGUCCACAAAUGGCAGAUAUAGAAGACUACCCUCCCUCCGCCUCGGUAUAUUUCACCAAAUCCAACACCAAAACCACCUGGCAUGCCAAAGACAAUCUCACCAUUCUCCAACUGGCCGAACAAGCAGGUCUUCACCCGCAGUUUGGAUGUCGCAGUGCCAUUUGCGGUUCGUGUGAAGUGAAAAUCACAAAGGGACAGGUUUAUGGUCCGGAAGGUGAUAGACCUCAGGGUAUCUUUAUUUGUCAGAGUCGGCCGGCGACGAGGGAAAUUGAGAUUGAACUUUGAUGAUGAUGAUGAUGUGGCGAAGAAGAAGAGGAAGUUUAGGGUUAUUCUUCUCGGUACUGGGAGUGAGGGAUUAUGGGAUUUGUACGGAUUUGUGAUUGUUGGGAAUGGAAUGGGGAGCUGCAUGCCUGUGUUUGAAGAUACAUGUGUACGGGAAUGGGAGAGAAGGUCGUCGCCACCACGAGAUCUCCAAAUAGCUGAGCAGUACUAUUUGGAUGCGAGAAAAGAUAGUGUGCUGCUCUUCUUUACAAAAGUAGAAUCAAUAGUACGACGUGUUCGG